AUGGAUCAGUUGCCAGAAUUAGACCCUUCACAGGAACCAAAAAGUGCCGACACACAAGAUGCCUAUGAACAUGGCCAUGGCCCUUACCAGCCACACAAACCGGGUUAUGGUCUUGACCAGCCCGGAUACAGCCCAUAUGAGGAUGCAAUUCCCAAUCCCCAAGCUCGGAUGCUGGCAAUCAAGAAUGCAAAAGCCUAUUUACUGAAGACCAACAUGAAAUAUGGCCUGAACUUGACAGAUAUGAUCGCUAAUAUACUAACAAAGACCCUGGAUGAACAGCCUACAAAUACAGUAGACAUAAUUGAGAAUAUCAGCAAGGAUGUGAAGUGGGCUCAGUUUUGGAAAAAAAUUGACACUCUUCAAGACAAACAUCUGAUUCCUCCAACAUUUGAAGCUGCAGAAAAGUGUAAAGCUUUGUUUGUCAAGGAAGGUGGAGAAGAAGAACAUGAAGAAGUAGAAGAAGAGAUGGGACAGCCCACUCUACCAAAUGUGAUGGAAACAGCCUUUUAUUUUGAACAGGUUGGAAUUGGCCUGAACAAAGAUGAAUCCUAUUACAUAUUCCUUGCCCCUAAAAACCUAAUUAAUGUUCAACCAAUCCAGCCCUGCCUCUUCUGGGACAAAAUUUUGGGCCUGGAAAUGAACUAUAUUAUAGCUGAAGUACACUUAUGGGAAGGGGAAGAGGAGGAAGAAACAGGAGAGGAAGGAGAGGGACCUACUGUGGAAGGAGAAGAGACGGGUGAGGCUGAAGAAGAUGAGCAGAAAGAAAAAGAAGCUGAACCACCAAAGUCCACCUAUAAACCCUCACCUGAGAUCCCAAAAGAAGCAAAAGGGACUGGGACUAAAAAAUAUGUCUAUUUUGUCUGUAACAAUCCAGGCAAACCCUAGGUGAAGUUGCCUCCAGUGACACCAGCCGAGAUUGUCUGUGCCAGGAAAAUCAAGAAAUUCUUCCCUGGUCGGCUGAAUUCUCCUGUUGUGAGCUUUCCUCCUUUUCCUGGAAAUGAGGCCAAUUACCUGCGCACACAGAUAGAUCGAAUCUCAGCAGGAACCCAUGUCUCUCCCACUGGAUUUUACCAGUUUGCAGAUGAGGAAAAAGAAGAAGAAGGAGUAGAUACAUAUGAAGAAAACCCCGAGUUUGAGCCUCCUCCUGUCGCUGAAAUGGUACAGUCCCUCGCCAUGUGGGCACACCAUGUCAAGGGCAUUCUAAAGCAGGGUAGCUGUGCUUGGAUUAAUCCUUCUCAAAAAUCAGAGAAAAAUGACGAAGAAGAAGAGGAGGAGGGGGAAGAGCAACAGGAAGAAAGAGGACCACCCCUUCUUACUCUAAUCUCUGAAGAUGAAGAUUUGAAGGAUGCCUUCUUUUGCCUCCAUGAAGCCAGCCAGAAUAUUUUUGCAUUUGAAUGGCAGAAUCCCAAAAGCGGACGCAAAACUCAGCUCAUAUGGACCGUGCUUCCCCAAGGGUACAAAGGGAGCCCCACUUUGUUUGGAGAACAACUUACAAAAUAUUUGGAAUCCUGGGAAGCUCCACCAGGAGAAGGGAGACUGUUGCAGUAUGUGGAUGACAUCCUAAUAGCUACCACAACAGAAGAAGAGUGUGUGGCCUGGAUGGUAAGCCUCUUAAACUUUUUGGGGCUUCAGGGGUACAGAGUGACUAAGAAAAAGGCUCAGGUAGUGAAACAAAAGGUGAUCUACCUGGGCUAUGAGAUCUUUUCUGGGCAACGGACUCUGGGGAGAGAACGCAUAGAAUCAAUAUGCCAAACCCCGAAAUUCCAGACAAUAAAAGAACUGAGAACCUUCCUGGGCAUGACGGGAUGGUGCAGACUAUGGAUUUACAACUACAGAUCACUUGUGAAACCUUUGCAUGUGCUCAUUGCAAAAGGAAGCAGAGACCUCCAAUGGACAAAGGAAGCCACACAGGACUUUGGUCAGCUGAAAAAGGCCCUCAUGUCAGCUCCAGCUCUGGGACUUCCAGAUGUGAGUAAACCAUUCUUUCUCUUCUCUCACGAGAAACAGGGAAUUGCCCUGGGAAUACUGGCACAGGACCUGGGUCCAUACAGAAGGGCAGUUGCUUAUAUUUCUAAGCAAUUGGAUGCAGCAGCAAAAGGAUGGCCAGGUUGCCUCAGGGCAGUGGCUGCAGUGGUGCUGAACAUUCAGGAAGCCCUUAAGUUCACCCUGGGCCAGAAAAUGACUGUGCUGGUGUCUCAUACAGUAUCCUCAGAACUGGAAACAAAGGGAGGCCACUGGCUUUCCCCACAGUGGUUCCUGAAAUACCAAGCUACCAUGGUAGAACAAGAUGAUGUAGAGAGUGGUGACUAA